AUGUCGCUGGAACCGCCAACGUACCUCAGUUCCCUGCAGAACAACAUCCGCGCCCGUCCUAUCCCAUGGGAAGGAGCUGUCCGAGCUGGUAACAUCACCGAUGACCACCUGAAGAAGAUCAAGGCCGUGGACAAGGUUCGCAAAGAGCAACGACGCCAGACCGUUGAUGGAGAUCUUCAGGGAUAUGUCAGCUUGCUCUCUGGGGGUGGAGAUGAGAAGAGUGUCCUGGACUCGGCGUCCAAGAGAACCGAUAUUGUACAGUACAUCCUGGUGUUGGCGGUGGACUUGAUUAACGAUGCCCCGUCACUCGCUUCUGCGCUGAUUGCGCACGCCGACCCCUACAAGCCAUUCCUCCCUCUCCUCCGUCAUUCUACAAACGCGGAAGAUCCCAUUCCGCUACUCACCUCGACCUUCCUGACGAACCUUGUGUCUACAAGUUUAGUAUCGUCAUCGAAACCCGCUGCCAGAGAUGACGAGGCGCUUCCUCAGCUCUACGCUUAUCUCUCCACCCUGGCCCGGAAUCAAGAUAGCGGACUGCAAGACAUUGGAGUCCAGGAAUACUCUGCAUUGCUUCGAACAGCAAGGGCAAGAGAGCUCUUCUGGAACCAGAGAAAGGAUACCGUGGAGCCAUUGGUUGAGAUCCUCCGUGCCGCCGCAGGAGCAAAAGACAAUGGAUCAAGCACGGUUGGUGGCAGCAGUGUACGGGCCAUUGAGCCAGGUCUUGCUGGUGGUGUUGGGAUUCAGCUUCUGUACCGCGUGUUGCUAGUCUUGUGGCAACUGAGUUUCGAAGCUGAACUGGUUGGCGACGAUCUUCAAUCCGACCAUGAAUUCAUUCAACUCUACACACAACUAUUGCGAGUGUCGCCCAAGGAAAAGACAACGCGACUUCUUCUGGCAACCCUUCACAACCUCCUCUCCGAGAACCAAACCACCCUGCUUCCCGUCGCAGCGUUUGUCCGCCUACCCGCCCUCCUGACUAACCUCUCUGGCCGCCACUUGACCGACGAGGAUCUCCUCGAGGACCUCAAGUCGCUGUCCAGCAUGCUCGAUGAGUACACCAAGACGCAGACCACAUUCGAUCAAUACGCAGCCGAGUUGCAAUCGAGCCAUCUCCGCUGGUCGCCACCGCAUCGCAACCCCACAUUCUGGAGAGACAAUGCGCGUCGGAUCUUGGACGAGAGCAACGGUGCCUAUCCCAAGAAGCUUGCUGAGAUCCUUGCCAAGCCCUGGGACAACGACAAGCAAGUGCUGGCGAUUGGGUGUAACGACGUGGGCCAAUUGGUGAAGGUGCUGCCAGAGCGACGGAACCAGCUUGAGAGGCUGGGCCUCAAGACUCGCGUGAUGGAGUUGAUGGCCGACAAAGAUGAAUCGGUACGGUGGGAGAGUCUGCGAGCCGUCGGGGAAUGGCUCCGUUAUACCUUUGAUAACUAA